AAUGUGUAGCUUAGCCACCUUUCAUUCAACGAUUAAUAGUAGCUUUAUAUUGAAAUUAGUCUCAUCGCUUAUUGGACUAUUAGUCUGCUUUCUCUUAUAUUCUAAUUUACAACUAAGAAAUGAUUUUCAAUACGGUGAAAAUAGCCAUAAUUCAGAUAUUGAAAUAUUUUCGGUCGAUGAAGAUGUAAAGCUUGAACAACAAGAAAGAGAUCAAUUCAAUGACACUGCUCCUGUAUGGAGAAAAAUAAAUAAUGAACAUUUGUACAUUUAUUCGGCCUAUUAUGAUGAUAGAAAUUCGCUAGGUUCAUGGCCUCAAAUCCAGAUUAUUGUUGUCGGUCAAAAGUCAACGAUGGAAGGUAGCACCCAAUUCUGUCGUCUGCAAUACGAUAGCGGAAAGUUGGACAUUGUAGAUGCUCUUGUUAAUCCAGCCGGUAUUGGUAUUGGUCACGAUGGUGUAUGGCUUAGAGAAUAUGUCCUUACAUGCCAACUGAAACAUUUCGAAAUACCUAGAACGGUAGGAAUUACGAGAAACAAGGCAGAUGUGGUUGAUUUAAAGAUUAAUAUAAUUAAACCUAAUAAACCAAAAGUUAAAAAGGAUUUUGGUCUGUGCAUUAUAUGUGCUUUUUGGAAUAUAGAGCCGUUAAGGAUAAUUCAAUAUGUAGAACUUUACAGAUUACUAGGAGUUUCGAAGAUCUUUGUUUAUAAUAAUAAUUUAUACAAAGAUUCUUUAGCAACUUUUAAAAAGUAUGAAAAGAUUGGAUUAGUUAAUGUAAGAGACUUUAAGACAGGAUAUUUUGUGCAUCAAGAUCCUGAUAGACCGGAAAGCGGAUAUAAAUCUCAGGCUUCCGGAGCGGUGAACGAUUGUAUUUUAAGAAAUAUGCACGUGUUUAAAAAGUUAAUAAUCGUCGAUCUUGACGAAAUAAUUCUACCUCAUCAGCAUGAUAAUUUUAAAGAUCUGAUUAACUAUAUGGACGAUCAAUUCCCGACCAGCCAUCCUGGUAGAAGUUACGUUUUUCGUAAUGCAUAUUUCUUUACAGACUUUCAACAGAACGAAGAAUUUCCGCCUGAAUUAACAGUUCUAAGAACUCAAACCCGGGCUAAAGUUAGUAAUAAGGGAUACUCCGUUAAAUCGAUAAUCGAUCCGCAAAGCUGUGAAGCCAUGCACAAUCAUAUUUGUUGGAAAUACACAAAAUUACACGAUAUAUCAGGUAGAAGUGUUGAAGUUCCACCAAAUAUUGGAUUGAUGCAUCAUUAUAAAAAAUGCCAUUUUACCAUCUCAAAAUGUGGGAAAAUGUUAGCACUUCCGGUAACGUUUGGUGGAAACGGAUUUAUAGGCACAGCCUGCAUAUCUAAAUUAAUUGAUUCAGAUCACAAAAUUGUGAUUGUUAGCAGAGGAAACUGGUAUUUUGACUCUGACAAUAUUAUAAAGCCUAAUGUAAGGCAAAUUAAAUGUAAUAGAAGAGAGGAAUUAUCAAGAUGCGAAGAAUUAAUGAAAUUUAUAGAUGAAACGGAAAAGAUUGACGCUGUCUUAGAUUUCUCUGGAAUAUCCGACUUUCAUUCUGCUCAAGUUUUGAAGCACUUUAAUAGAACAAAUGUCGAAUUUCACCUACAUAUAAGUACCGAUUCUCUAUAUGAUAUUAGUAAACUAAAAGAAAGUGACAGAUACUCAAAAGAAUCAGAUUCAAUUAGACCCAAGAAUGAAAAAGAAAAACAGAAAAUUGCAGCUUUUAAUGAUGCCGACUGGAUGUAUAAAAAUCCCGUUUAUCUACCAGAUUUUAAAGUUGAAUUGACUGGAGAUGACUUAGAUUCCUACGGUGAUCUUAAAUUAGCUGCCGAAGAGGUUAUUGUAAAAUCAUUCGACGAAGGCAACGCUCCUAACUAUAUAUUUCUAAGACUUCCAGCUGUUGUUGGUAGUAGAGAUACCACUUAUAGAUGGUGGCUGUAUCAACUAUGGAUAAGAAUGUCUCAACAUAUACCAGAAAAUCCUGUACCUUUACCAAAAGCCAUUAAAGAUAGACCCAUGAGUGUUGUUUACGUUGAAGAUGUUGCUACUGUAGUUGAGAACGUUCUAGCUAACCCGAGAGCCUACAACAAGCCUUAUAAUUUAGCCAUUGAGGAGACGCCAACUCUGACUGAAUUCUUAAAAGAAAUAGAAGCUAAUUUAGGCGUUCGUAAAGCUAAUUACAAAGUGGUUGAGGAAGGCAUCUACGCAUAUCCAGAUGUUAGAAGAGGACCUGUAGAUAUAUCUAGGGCAAAAGAAGAAUUGCAGUUUAAGCCAACAUCCCUCAAAGAGGUCGUAAGGAGAACAAUCAAAUAUUACGAAGAUGCUAUGAGUAAACUACCGAAAACAAGAGAUGAGUUUCUUAAAAUUUUAAUUAAAGAAGUAUUCAAUAAUCAAAAGGAGAAGUUUAUUGAUAAAGUCGGAGCUUUAUACAAUAUCAAUUUGGAUCAACUCAAAGUGAAUGUUAAAGAAGAAUUAUAG